UGGAGGCCCAGGCAGUAUGUGCGGCUCAGCUCCCCAGCACCAUGGAGGCCCUCUUCUCUCUGCUGCUGCUGCUGCUGCUGGCCCCGGAGGCCCUUUGGGCAGGAGGUGACACACUGGAGGCCCACAUUAUUGGGGGUCACGAGGCUGUCCCUCACUCCCGUCCAUACAUGGUCUUGCUGCAGAAAGAUGAUGGCUCCUACCUGUGUGGGGCGGUCCUUGUGAACCACUGGUGGGUAUUGACAGCUGCUCACUGCAUUGUCCAUCCGAUGGAACAGCUGAGACUAAGGCUGGGGAUCCAUGAGUUUGAAGACGAUGUCCUCAGCUUAGAAGUCAAGAAAGCAGUUCUGCACCCUGACUACAAGCCACCCCCCGCUCUGCUGAAUGACCUCGCUCUGCUUAAGAUGGAGCGUAAGGUGACUUUCAACAAGACUGUCAAGGCCCUGGGCUUACCCAGAAAGCACCAGGCAGUGGCGACAGGAGCAAAGUGCAGUGUGGCCGGCUGGGGGCUGACCCAGCUUGGGCACAUGGCGGAAGCACUACAAGAGCUGGACAUGCGUGUGCUGGAUGCCAGGAUGUGCAACAACAGUCGUUUCUGGAAUGGUAACAUCACCCCCAACAUGAUCUGCCUGGAAGCCAACUCCAAGAACAAGGGCCCCUGCAAGGGGGACUCAGGCGGGCCCCUGGUGUGCCGCAAAGGCCAGGUGGCUGGAAUCCUGUCCUUCAGCUCCAAAACCUGCACUAACGUCUUCAAGCCCCCUGUGGCCACUGCUGUGCCCCCCUAUGUGUCCUGGAUCAAGAAGAUCAUCAAGCACUAGCCGGGCUGCGCCUCAGGCCUGAUGCUUCAGAGGUGAUCCCUACUCCCUUGCUUGUGGGACCCUCCCCCACAGAACUAUGGGGAGGAACAGAAAGGGGACUGGCCACAGCUCAGAGGACAAAUAAAUUGUAA